AAAUCAAUAAUCAUUCCUAUUAUUAAAUGGCAUAAUAUUCUGAGUAUUGAAAUAAAAUGCACGGAAUUCUUGAAAAUUACAUUUUAACAAAAUGUUAAUAAUUUAUGGUCUUAUAUUCAUUAUAUAUCACACAAAUGCUCAAUAUUCUGAAUCAGAAUUGUAUGUGUAUACUGGUCAGUCACAUAUAUUGGUAUGUAAUAUAGCUAAGGAUAACAAUGUUGCUGUUCAAGAUGCUUAUUGGAGUAUUGGAGAUAAAUUAUUAAAUCUUGACAAUACUGUUAAUAGUUCAAUAUAUUCUGUCAAACUUGAAGCACGGCGUUCAUUUACUCAAGACUUACAAAUAUAUGCGCUUCAAUUGCUUAUCAAAAAUCUCACAAAAUCUGACAGUGGCAUCUACAUCUGUUCUUACAACGGCAAAAAUAUAACCACGGUCACCUUAGUAGUCAACGACACAUUUUCGUCCAAAAUCACUGCCGAAGAUUACGAACUAUCACCUACUCAACAAUCCCUUAACAGUUCCAUAUUCAAUUUUACCAUCAAUAUUAAUGUCACCGAUUGUUGUAUUGAGCAAGGAGUGCCUGAGGAAUGUAGAAAUCCAUGUAUCGGAAAAUUAGGACUAAACUAUACUUGUCGUGUUUAUAGGGAAAGAAUCGAUAUAUGCAUUAUAAACGGAAAAGAUCAUAGGGAUUGUUGCAAGAGAAGACUGAUAGACGAUAAUUGCAUCGAUUUAUGCACUCACACCUCUUCUGAUUUAGAAUUAGCGAAGGUGUGCGCGGCACAGUUGCCCGAUAUAUUUCAAUGCAUCGAGGAAGGAAAUUAUCUUCUACCUGGUCCUCCGUUGUACCCCAUUGCCCUUCCACUCAAUUCAACGGCUCUAGAAAUCCGGUGGCUGCCACCCACUUCUAAUCCCAUAUUAGUCAAUUCUUACAGAAUUACGUAUUCCCGGAUCAAUCUACCUUCUCCCGAUUCGCCACAAACCUCGGUUUACAGGCAAAGUUUAAGCCACUCCAAUAACUAUAACAUAAAUAGUUUUAACAGCGGUGCCAAUAAUACCAAAAAGAGCGAAUACGAAAAUUACGACGAGGAUAAUCCCAUGUACGAAGAUAAGGAGAUCAAGGAAGGAAAUAUCAACGAGACUUUAUCGUUAGGAGAAAAUGAGACUUUGGCGAAUCAUCCUCGCAUUGUGGAUGUAGCCCAUGAUUCCGAUACCAUAUUAUUAGAUCCAUCGCUGGAAUCAUCCGAGCCUUUACCCCGUAUGAUAUUGCUCAUUAGGAACGAAUCAUCCGUUAUAGUUCCUAGCUACCAUUUAAAGCAUGUCUUGCAUAACCUGGCUCCUUCAUCAUCUUACGAAAUAUACAUCCAAUCAAUUGGUUCUCAUGGGUCAAGUUUACCUUCCGAAUUGGUUGAGAUAUUUACUAAAAGCGCUGACAUCGCCAAUGAAACUAGUAAUGACAAAUAUUCAGAAUCAAAUGUUACCACGUCUCUGGAUUCUAUAAUAAGAUGUUGCAAGACCAGUCAAAUCCCAGAUGAAUGUAUUCCUGCUUUAUGUCAAAUUCACAAUUUAGCCGCUAAUUUUACGACUGCCUUAUAUAAUUGUGCUACUCAUUUCGAUGCAUCCAUGAGAUGUAUCAUAGACGGAAGAAAUCACACUGAUUGUUGUAUCCGUAAUAGAGUUUCAAAGUCUUGUUUCAGUUUUUGCGACGGAACUAACGAUUUAAUUACCAACGUUGGUCAAGCUAGAUGUAUAGUCGAAAUCAACCCUAUACUCACUUGUAUAAGGCAGGGAUAUGAAAUCCUACCUAGUCCCCCAAUGGAUAUAAAAGUUCUUUACAAAGGCACAUACAUUAUAACUCUCGAUUGGGUUCCCUCGAUUAAAAAUCCUGAUUUAAUUCAAUCUUACGCAAUUUACUAUAGAGCUAUAUCGGAAGAGAAUAAGAGAGAUGGGGAUAUCAAAGAUUAUACUUAUUUUAAAAUGAUCGCGAACAUAAGCAAAACCACUUCUCCCCCUUUCACCAUAAACGAUUUAAUUGCCGAUACUUGGUACGAGGUUUUCGUAGUGGCUCAAGCACUUAACGGGUCCUCAUUGCCUUCGAAUUCCUUAAAAGUGCUUACUUUACAAGAAGUUAUAGGUACUAUUUCUUUCGGUAGCAAUGACCAGAAUGGUCUGAGUUACAACGAUAGUUAUAGCUCUAUUGUUAACAUGGAUCAAGGUGACGGAAACGAGAAUAGUAGCCUGGAUUUAAAUCUAAAAUCCCAAAAUUGCUGUUCCAUAAGCGGUAUCGAUUUUAAAUGUCUGCCUCUUUGCCGAUACGACACUGAUCUUAAUUCGAUCGAACUAAUUAACCUUACCUCUUCUUGCUUUACUCAUUUUCAAACGAUACUCACAUGUUUAGCAGAUUUCAGAGAUCAUACGCCAUGUUGUAAAUCACGAGGAAUAGGCAACUCUUGCAGCUUAUUUUGUAGUUCGCGCGUUCCGGAUAAAGCUAUCAAUUAUUUACCCUGUUUAAAGGACGCUAGUAGCAUAUUGGAAUGCUUUGAGGAAGGAAUAAGAAAACUUCCCACACCCCCAACUCAAUUAAUUUUAGCUGACAGAACGAAAAAUAGUCUUAAAUUUUCUUGGAACCCACCAGACAUGAAUUACAUCUUCGAUAAUGCAAGCGCUUUAUCUUACAAAGUCGUUUAUCUACCUAACGUCAAGCCUUUUAGAGCACCUAUCAUAGUGAUAGUUAACGAAACAAAUAUAGAAUUGAAAGAUUUACUUCCAAACACAACUUAUCGCCUAUUCGUGGUAGCCAUCAACAUACAUGGCAGUAGCUUGCCAUCCUAUGUUAUCAUUGGCAAGACGUUACCUGAACACCCGGAACCUCCAUCUUUUAAUCCUAGUAACCCCAACAAAUACUUUUCACCCAUCUCCACACCUCCGAGACCUUAUGAGAUAGAAGUGCUUAGGGUCGGUCUGAACUACAUAUCAUUAGCUUGGAAAGUUAAAACCAAGUUUGACAUAAAUCCGCUCAGUGUAAAACCCGAUUGGAUUUACAGAAUUUAUUAUUCCGAGAUACAUGAUAGCAAUAAUUAUGGAAACGAACAAGAAAUAAACGAGGAAAAUAAUCCGCCGUCAUUUCAUUCGGUCAACGUAUCGGAACCUUUCUACAAUUUAACCAACUUGAAUACGAACACCAAAUACAAAAUAUUCGUAACUUCGGACAACAAAUUCACAGAAAGCUUGCGCUCCGAGAUCGUAAUCGUUAGAACAUCACAAGAAUCUUCUCCUACGGCCGGUAUAGUAAUCUACCCAAGAACUUCCGUUAUUCAAGAUGGUAACACGGUCACGCUCAGUUGUUUGGCUGCUGGUCAUCCAAAACCGCAAGUUACUUGGUAUCAUUGGAAAGAUAAUUUUCAAAGUCCGAUAUGGCAUGGUGAGAACCUAACCAUGGAUCACAUUCAUCGAUCCGCUAUGGGCCAAUAUAAAUGCGUGGCUAGGAACGGGAUAUUACCCAAUGGAAAAGAUUUCGUAUACUUAAAAAUCGCAUUCAAUCCUGUGGUCAUCGCCAAAAAUAGUCCCGUAUACGUGAACAUGUAUUCAACCCUCAAGUUGAAUUGCACAAUCGAGGCUUAUCCUCCUAUCAUCAAGAAGAGCGCUGUUUGGUACAAGGAUGGAGAAAUCAUACCUCAAGGAGAUGCCCAUUCAGAUCACAAAUAUUGGGUUUACCAAGAUACAACUUCUAACAAUAAAUACACUUACACUAUGACACUGAUUAUCAAGAACGUUAAAGGCAAAGAUUUGGGCUCUUAUAGGUGUCAAGCUCACAACACGCAAGGCAUGGAUAAAGAUGUCAUAAGAGUGCUCAGGAAAUCUGGUUCUUUUUCGGAAUUCAACGAAAAUGCUAAUGAUAUAAACGGGAAUUCGUCGACCCAACCUCGUUAUUCGCCUAAUGUUACGCAGUGCUGUGAAAAUCUUAAUGUUAAACCCAUAUGUCUGCCAGCUUGCUAUUACGACGUCGAUUUAAACGAUUUUUUGUUUAAUAGCCAUGACAAGGACCCAAAUAAUCAAAACUUUACAGAAUCUAACUAUCCAAACAAUGUCAAUGGAAACACAUACAGACUCUCUUGCUUGCCAGAACUCCCUAAAUUGGUGCAUUGCGCUGCUGAUGGCAGAAAUCACAUUCAAUGUUGUAUAAAAAGAAAUAUUCCUUGGAAUUGUAGAAGAUUUUGCGAAGGAACUGUGCCACCUCUCGUGACCCCUCAUUUGCAAGAUUGUUUGGCUUAUUCUCAAGCUAUUAUCGACUGCUAUUACAAUGGAUCUGUAAAUAUACCUACAAUGCCAACCAAUGUAAGAGGAGAUGUAAUACACAAUAAUAUGAUAAUACUAAAAUGGGACGCUCCACAACAAAAUCACGGUAAAGUACAAUACUACAUGGUUUAUCACAGAUCUUCAAAUCAAAUCAAAUGGCAACAAAAUAGAACAAGAUCAUCAGUUAUGAGAUUUAGCGAUUUAAAUCACAACACGGAAUAUUACUUUCAAGUAGAGGCUAGUAAUUCUCAUGGCUCUUCUAAUAAAAGUCCUAUCUUGAGGCUACAAACUCAUUCCGCAGAAGCUGAAAUAUACAGUGAUGUUAUUAGGCAUCACCGCAACGGAAAACCGGCGACCAUUGCCCUUGCAUUCAUAGGCUUUAUUCUAUUCAUAUCCGUUGUUGGUUUUGCGCUCUUCGUUUUUUACAAAAAAAAGUUUAGCCCAUUUAAUCAACCAGUCUCCUUCGAUAAUCCAGGUUACGACAAGGAACAUGUAAUGGAAGUUAUUAACCCUUCCAUAUAUUCCAACGGAUUCGGAAGGAUAGGUAGCUUGAGGAGCGACGAUACCAAUUCUUACUAUAUGCCCAAUAAUGUGAACACAUCUUUGAACGUCCCGACCCAACCUAAUUUAUCGCCGAACCUUAAUAAUAAAAAUAAUGGGGUAAAUAGUAGCGGUAAUAAUUCACACUCCAAAAGGAACGCCAAAUAUAUGGAAGAUUCGUUUAACGGUAUAAGCGGGUGGCAUCUCCCUUCGCUUCACGCUCUUUCUGGAAGUGAUGACACCAUGAUAAGUAACGACAAUCACGGUUCUGAUAAUAACAUCGAUUUUAAUUGCCCUAAAACUGCUACGGACGCCUCAAAUUUGGAUAAAAACAAAAUGAAUAAUAAUUCUAGAAUCGAAGAUGAAAACAAGGUCAUCCUUAUUCAACCGCCACCAUUGAGCGGCAAAGGUAACAACAGGCAGCUUAUCGAUCAUCGCGAUGAUCAUUCAAACGAAAGAAUUAUACUUUAAAGAAAAACAAAUAAGUUUUUAAUUGUAUGUUUGUGUUAAAAGUUAGAUAACACGAAAAUCGUUAAAUAUUAUAUCCUAAAUGUGAUAUUCAUACUUUAUAUAACUGGCAAAACAUUUUUCUUCAUAAUAACAUCUGUCAUUUCGGUUCAUAAUAAAUACUACAGGGAAUUUCUAUACUUUUUGGAAGUUUUGUGCGUUCUGAAAUCUAAAUAAAUCAUUAGAUAUAUUUAUUAAACCGGAGGGGGUAGGUGUUUUAUAUAAACAACAAAUCGAAUGAUAUGAUUUUACGAGUAAACAUCAGCUGCGACCAUCACUGAAAAUUCGGUCUUAUCUUGGUAUUUUUUCAUUAUUCCCUUCCCAUGUUUACUUUUUUAGAAAGUUAUAAAUUAAAUUAGUUAGAAUUAAAUACUUUUUCCAAAUUUAUACCAUAAUCCCUAUUAUAAACGUCAUCAUUCCUAUUUAUUUAAAAAAUUUGUUGUAUUUAACAACCAUCCCCCCCCACCCUUCCACCAAAUUUUUUGAAAGUACAAUUUGUAAAUAAUUUUAAUUAUAUCUUUCUCUAUUUGUAUAUCAUAUUAAAACUAUCUUUGUAUAAAAAUUUAAAAAUAUUUAUUUAUUUUUUAAACUCUUUUAUUGUUCACCUAGAUUCCAUCGAAUAGAUAGGCCAAUAUAUACAACAGUUUCAUAUUUUUUUUAUUGAAAAUAAGGUCAUCUUAUAGUUUAGGAAAAAUGAUAAUUUGUAAAUCUCAUUAUAACGCCAUAAUAUAAAACGUUAUUGUAUUUAAAUACGAAGUAUUUUAUUUUUAAAAAAAUCUAGAAAUCACAGUUUUUUAUUUUAAAAGAAACUUAUAUGUGUUUCAUUACAUAAAGUCUUCAACUCUAAUCUUUUAUAAAUUAUAAUAAUGCGCCCAUUGAUAUUAAGUAUACAAUUUUUUAUGGUAUUUCCUUUUUAAUGAAAAAAAAUUCACCUAUUUUACAAAUUUUUAAUUAAAUCAAUUAACUCGUAGAAUAUUUAUCGGUGCACUCACUUAUGUAGUUUUUUUUAAUGAACACAAUACAAAUAUUUUUUAACGCAGAAUAUUUUGAAUGUAUUGGAGUUAUUAAAAUUACAUUCAUUAUAUACAAUACAACUAUUACUAA